CUCCUCAUUAUUUCAAAAGUUUUUUUAUAGAAAAAUUCAAAAGCAUGAUUUAAACUGCUUAGUUACGCGUAACUAAGUUCCCCAAAAUUGAUUAAGUAUCUGGGACAAAUCUUCCUCAAAUAUCUUCAACAUUUUUAUUGAAAAAGUAUGAAGUUAUUAGGCUUUCACAUUCUUUUCUUAGUUUUUUCAAUAUUCAAAGGUGACCAACUUACAUCGUGCUCACACAACUAUUGUCACAAAAAUGCGAUUUGUGGCUCAACUGGAGACAGUUAUAAAUGCUUUUGCAAAAAUGGCUAUCAUAGCAUUGGCCCUGAAGAACAGUCAAAGAGAAUAUGCCUUAAUAUAAAUGAAUGCUUGUUAGAAAAUAUAAAUCACUGUGUAAGCAAACAGUAUGGUGGAACUUGUACUGAUACUGAUGGUUCAUUUUACUGUGGGUGUGCUCCAGGAUUUAAAGGGAAUGGUAAAAUAACAUCAAAGGGUGGAACUGGUUGUUCAGAUAUUGAUGAAUGCACAAUUGGAACUCACAAGUGUUAUCGUGGAGGAGUUAAACAUUCUGAUUAUUGUCGAAACAAUUUUGGUUCUUAUGUAUGUUCAUGUCCAUCAGGGUUGAAACUUUCUAGUGACAAAAUAACAUGUCUUCCAAUAAAUGAAUGCACAGAUACCACACAAAGACAUAAAUGUUCCAGAGAAGCAACAUGUGUUGACCUAAAUAUUGGAUAUAAAUGCCAAUGCACAGAGGGCUUUAAAAAUGGAUUAGAAGUAAAUAAUGAGAGAUGCAUUGACAUAAAUGAAUGUGCAGUUGACAACAGUGGAAGCAUUCAAGCAAUAUGUGAUUUUGUUAAUGGAACAUGUUGGAACACUCGUGGAUCCUAUGUGUGUUUUUGUAAACAUGGUUAUAAAAGGAACCGAGAGGUGCAACAUCAUUCUUGCAUUGAUCGCAAUGAGUGUGAAGAAUAUAUGCAUAAUUGUAACAUAACAAAUAAACAUGUCAAAUGUAUAAAUACAAUAGGUUCUUUUAAUUGCGUGUGUGAUGAUGGGUUUGUGCUUGAUACUAAUAAGACAAAUUGUUUAGAUAUUGAUGAAUGUUCAAGUUCAGCAGAUUCUGAAGAUUUUCCAUGUAUAUAUAACCAACUAAUUAAAGCGCAGUGUAAAAAUAUUGAUGGUGGGUUUCAUUGUAUAUGCCCUACUGGUUAUUAUGGCGAUGGAAAAAAGAAAGGAACUGGUUGUCAAGAUAGCAGUAUUCACCCGAAAGAACAUUGUGGUCAAGCUCAAAGCUCACUUGUUGAUUGUUGGAACAAUAAAGAGAGUUGUUCACAUAAAACAUCAACUGAUACCUGUCAUAGUUAGUUUUUACAUUAAUGAGAAAAUCUUCGCUACAAUUUAAUAGGUACAGUCAACAGUAUAUUAUUGACAUCAAUAGAUGCUAACGAGACCAUGUUUCUUGAAGUAAAGGUAAACGCAGGUUGGUGGCUUUGUGAUGGUUUUUGGACUUACAGAAUUCACGUUUACCGAAUGAGGCUGCUAAGUAAUUACAACUAGCAUCUUUAGUAUUGAGAAGAGAGUUUUGAAAACUAAGUAUUCUUUAUAUAUAAUUUUGCCAAAUCAACGCCUAUUAUAUUAACGUCAACAAAUCAACGCUUAUUAUAUUAACGUCAACAAAUCAAUGCCUAUUAUAUUAACGUCAACAAAUUUGUUUUAAGUACAAUUUUAAUGCAGACCUAUCUUAAGAAUAUUUUUUUUAUUAUAAAGGUUUUUUUGUAAUAAAUAAAGUUUUUUAAUUUUUUAUUUUAUUUUUAUAAACACUAGACGACUCACUAAUUGUUUGUUAUUUUUCUUUUUCAUUUACAGCAAAAUAGUUUUUAUAUUUCUCGAUAAUUCUUGAAAUGGUUCAGUGGUUACAAAUGAACUUUUUUUACGACUUCUCUUAGUGAUAGUUUUCUAAACUCUUCAUUUUGCAAUUUAAAAUAUUUGAAGUUUGAGUUAUUCAAUCAUUUCUUUUUUGAUUCUCAAGAGGUUUUUCUGAUUUUGGGGAUUUGAUACCCAGAUUUUUGGCGGUUAUAUCCCAACAAAGAGUUUGGUACAAACUAUUUUACUUUUUCAAUGUUCUCGUUGAAAUGUAUUGUUGUAAUCUAUAUAAUAUCGUAGUAAUCGUUAAUUUUGUUAAAA